GGACGCCUGGCUGGGCUCGCUUCCCUCCAGCCUCCGGCCCUUGCCUCGUGAGGCUCAUUGUGCCCCGAGCCGGAAGCGGUGCGGGCGCUGCUGGGCUUGAGACGGCGGGCGCUGGUGCUCCUCCAGACCACACACCAGCCCAGGGAGGAGAAGCCCCAGUGCUUCCGCUCGGGCCGAGGGGCUGGGUGUUGAUUCAUGAAAUUUUGCUGUCAAUUCAAGUAACCAGAAAUGGAAAGUUCUGCAAAAACAGAAAAGAUGUCUUUUGACAAGGCAAAAGUAUCCAUAGAUUCUGAAACAGAAUCUACUCCAAGUGUUGAGUCUAUCGAUGCAUCUGGGCAGAGGCUUUCUGAAAAGACUCCUCCUAUGGGCCAGCAAGUAGAUAAACCAAAAAUGAGGAAAGAGUUUGAAGAUGAUCUUGUAGAGGAAAAUUCAAGUCAUGUGGGUGACUCUCCAUCUAAGAAAAGAAAACUUGAUGUUGAAAUCAUCUUAGAGGAAAAAUGCUCUGGUGGUGAUGGAGCUGAUUCAAAGAAAAGGAAACUGGAAAGGGAUAACGUUCCUGAGGAUGCUCCAGAAAAGCGUAAAAAGUCAGAGGAAGGACACAGCUCUGCCGUGGCUGCCCACUAUAACGAACUUCAGGAAGUGGGUUUGGAGAAGCGCAGUCAAAGUCGCAUUUUUUACCUAAGAAACUUUAAUAAUUGGAUUAAAAGUAUUCUUAUUGGGGAAUUUUUAGAAAAGGUACGACAAAGAAAAAACCGUGAUAUCACUGCUUUGGACCUGGGAUGUGGAAAAGGUGGAGAUUUGCUCAAGUGGAGGAAGGGGAGAAUUAGCAGGCUAGUGUGUGCUGAUAUUGCUGAUGUUUCUAUGAAACAAUGUCAACAGCGUUAUGAAGACAUGAGAUGUCGACGUGAUAAUGAAUAUAUUUUUAAUGCAGAAUUUAUAACUGCUGACUGUUCAAAGGAACUUUUGGUUGAAAAAUUCCGUGAUCCACAAAUGUGCUUUGACAUCUGCAGCUGUCAGUUUGCUUGUCAUUACUCCUUUGAGACCUUGGAGCAGGCUGAUAUGAUGCUUAGAAAUGCUUGUGGAAGGCUUAACCCUGGGGGCUAUUUUAUUGGUACCACUCCCAAUAGCUUUGAACUGAUAAGACGCCUUGAAACUUCAGAAACAGAAUCAUUUGGAAAUGAAAUAUACACUGUGAAAUUCCAAAAGAAAGGAAGUUAUCCUUUAUUUGGCUGCAAGUAUGACUUCAACUUGGAAGGUGUUGUGGAUGUUCCUGAAUUCUUGGUCUAUUUUCCAUUGCUAACUGAAAUGGCAAAGAAAUACAAUAUGAAGUUAAUAUAUAAAAAAACAUUUCGUGAAUUCUAUGAAGAAAAGAUUAAGAACAAUGAAAACAAAAUGCUCUUGAAACGCAUGCAGGCCCUGGAGCCAUACCCUGCAAAUGAGAACUCUAAACUUGCCUCUGAAAAGGUUGGUGACUAUGCACAUGCAGCAGAGUACAUGAAGAACAGUCAAGUAAGAUUACCUCUGGGAACCUUAAGUAAGUCAGAAUGGGAAGCUACAAGUAUCUACUUGGUUUUUGCCUUUGAGAAGCAACAGUGAGCACUUAGUUGUCUCAGAGUGCACUCCAUCGUUACAGAUGUAACAAACCAUCUCAUACAUUUGACAGCUGUUAGUUUAUUUUAAUAGUAAGUUCUAAAUGUGUAGGAUGCUGCCAAAAAGUCCAGUGUAUAAAUUUGACAUUUACUGUCUGUGACAAGUUAGCAUUGUGUGUGUGUGUGUGUGUGUGUGUGUGUGUGUGUGUGUGUGUGUGUAAGAAUGCUUCUUUAAGGUCUAUUUUUAAGUAAUAUUUUAAGAAUUGUUUCCCUUUACUGUCAAAAACUAUAACAAAGCAUGUCAGAGCAGCUGACCUCACCACAGUGCUGUGAUUUGCUGAGUGUGUUUACAGAGUUGAAUUUGCAGCAACUGCAGAAUUAACAAAGGAGUGCUAGUUUGCCACCAUGCACUCGAAGUUUUGUUACAGUGUUUUUCAAGAUUAAAUGGCAUGUGUUCUGUACAUUUGAAUGUAAGUGUUCAAUAUAUAUUGUUAAGGUUAUAAGAUUAAAAUCUGAUUUUAGAGUUUCAAAACAGCUACCUGGCUAAAUUUUGACUGUGUUUUAAUAAAAUAACUAUUUGCUAAUACAAUGAAAUUCUGAGACUCUAGAAAAUUUUCGAUGGCAGCAUAGAGAUAUUGUGGAAUGGUGUGGUGUUCUGUUAAGAAUUUCCUAACAUAGCAAUUAAUAUGUCCAACUGUUGAAAUUAGGGUACUUUUAACUUUCUUCAUUGGACAGUGAUUCCAUGGUUAGAAUUUCUUAUGUGAAAGUGCCAUGUCAUAAUCCUAUUGCAUAUUGUCUUCAAAUGUAUAUAUGCAAAGGCAACAGGAGUAGCUCAGUAAGAAAAACAGGUAGACUUCAGGUGAAUCCUCACCAAUAAGAGAUGUCAGUUACUAAUGCUGUGUCUUUCCCAGUCCCAAACAAGGAACCCCUGCUCUUCUCUUCCAGCAUUGGUACUUCACAGAAGAAUGCACUGUCUAAUUGUCAUUCAAACAUGCAUUUGUUGAGGUGUUAAUGGUGUAGAGGUUGGCAUGGCUGCCUUCUGAAUAUUUACUUGCUGUCUCACAACCAUUAAAAUUGUCAUUAAGUUGCCAAUUACAGAAUUGACUUCUAGAACUGAUGUCUGUGAACUGCUGUCUUACAUUUAAAAAACUUGACAGCCUUUAGAUAGAUCAGGAAACCUGAGAGCAAAUGCAAUUAUAUAUUCUUUCAAAAAUCAUUUAUUUAAAGGACAAUUUACAAAGAUCUUACUUUCUAUAAAAAUCUAUAGUAUUUGCUUUAAAAGUAGACUUGGGGAUGAAGAGAUGGCUCAGCAGUUAAGAGUGCUGGCUGCUCUUACAGAAGACCCUGGUUCACUUCCUAGCACCCACAUGGCAGCUUAUUUUAACUGUCCAUCUCCAGUUUCUGAGGAUCUGACACCAUCUUCUGGUCUCCAUGGUCACCAGGCAUGCACAUAGUACAUAUACAUACAUGCAGGCAGAACACUCAUACAUAUAGAAAUAAUUAUUAAAAAUUAAAAGUAUAGUCAAAUUAUAUAUUGUCAUAGUAUUAGAGAGUAGCUUUGGUGCAGGUUUUGGGGUGUGGGAUGUCUUAGAAAUUCAGGCUCAUUUUAUUUCUGGGGAAGUUACUACUCUGUAUUUUGAUGGUUUGGCAGGUAGGGAAAGCUUUGUUGUAUGUAAUUCACGAUCUUAGUUGAUAGGUAAUGCAGCAAUUUGUAGUCUCUUUCUGUCCUUUCCAUUUCAUUCCAUGGGUUGUUUUAGGAGAGAAAAUUUCCUCAAAGGGUGGAGGAUGGCUAUCCCAAACAACGAGAAGAGAAAUGUGGAGUUCGUAGGCCUUUUGCUGAGGAAUCAUAGAGAACUGAACUGGGUCUAAGAUGGACUCAAGUCUUAGACCUACUGUCAUAGACAUAGGAGAGUUCCCAUGAGGACACCCUGCAGGAAACAGUUCAAGCAGCUGCCUCUUGUGUUGUUCUUACCUGUUCAGCCUUCACCCCUACACUACUCCUUGGUGGAUUUAAAUGACUCAAGAUGAGUUCUUGAGGACAAGAAUGAAAAAGUAGUCCUUUCCACUGUUUUGUCAUCAAAUGAGACUUUUUCCAGCAUAUUUGGAACCUACAUGUUUAAUUUUGUCAGGACUUGUAGUACCUGAUGAGAGAGGCAUGGGUUUCCAUUACAGGAUCUAGGAAGAAUCCCUUACUUUGGGCUCGGUGAUGAGAAUGGGUCAGAGGAGCUGUGCAGACACUCCCAGGCCUGUCACAUAGGGUACUCUCCAAGGGUGAGUUUCAAAAUGAAGGUCAGGGGCUGGAGACAUGGCUCAGAGGUUAAGAGUGCUGGCUGCUUUUUCAGAGACUGGAGUUUAGUUCCCUCCACAUACAUCAGGUGGCUCAAAGCUGCUUGUAAUUCUAACUGCAGGGACUUCACCACUUUCUCUGGGUUCUGCUGGCAUGUGCACACAGGCACAAAAUCAAAGUAAGUCUUUAGAAAUGGAGAUCAUGUGGGUCAUUUGUGAGAAUGACACAACUUGAACUGGAGAUAGUUGUUUUAGGGACAAAUCUGCAUUGUAGUAGGACCUAAAAUGCUGACAUGGAAUUAUUUGGGUCUAAAAUUUACUCAGGGAAACACUCCAGUGUAUACAGUGUGAGAGAAACUAAGGAGUUUGCCAGUUCCUACCAAUCUUUCUGGUGUCCUAACUGGUACAGAGAGCCUCACCCUGCUGGAGCUGACUCACCACUUCAUGCUUUUGAGCACUUUGCAUACUGACUCCCAUCAGUAACAGAAGGCUCAGACUGAGUAGAGUCACUUAUGUGAUCAGAUGAUGACUGAAUAGCAAGAGAGAAUACAGAUUUUCUCAAGACCAAAGCAUAUAACAUUCCCAUUCUGUAAUAGGUCUAGACUCCUAUUCUUACAUACUUCCAAGGGUGGAACAGGUGACUCCUACAGCCUGAACUGUUAGUUAUUGAGGCACCUUAAGAGGUGUAUUAAUUUCUGAGUAAGAUGCUCCAAUAAAUAGGGUGCCCUUGCAGGAAACAGCUAGACCAGGUACUCUUCAUGGUAUGGGAUCUACCCCAACCUUACUGUGUGAAUGUGUUCCAUGUAAGAGGGUCUCUAACAGAGGAUAUAAAAAUUCUGCUUUAGUGUGAGUAUAGGCGGGCCUAAUUUUGUGGAUUUGCUUGUUUAAACUCUAGUCCAGUGUUAUACCUAUACAGGCAGUUGGGUUCCUCAGUGACAGAACAUAAAUGAAUUUGUAAGCCAGAAGCUGGGAACUCCUUUCCCAUCCGAUUCUAAGCAAAAAUCUGGUUUCAUCUGACUUGAAAUAUUAUGUGACUGAAAUAAAAAACAUGGUUUUCACUUGUCAGUGUUCAUGAGAUUCUUAUUCUCAACAGUUGUACAUUCUCAUGAUUGUACAAUAUUUCGUUGAAUAAAAAACAUUAUCCAA